AUGAGUGCAUUUGGUACAUCUAAUAAAGAAUAUAAAAAGAAUAAACAUCUGACAACAUGCCCAAUAUUCCAAUCCACAUUAACUCUCCCUAUAAUUGAUUUUUCAAGCAUUGACACUAAUAUUUCAGGACCUUUCCCAACUGCCAAAUUACAUGAAGCAGUUAAUUUAAAAACAAAUCUUGAUUAUCAUCUUGAAUCAGCUGUUUUCAAUUAUUGUCAAGCAACAACAUUUGGUACAGAUUAUGCAAUGACUCACAUUGAUGAUACUAUUCUUCAAACUUUUGCACCAACAUUGACUCGCUUUUAG